AUGGACCACAUCCACGUCACGCGCGUUAACGACUUCGAGCUUGUGGGCGAUAACAGCUGCACCGGCGCGGUCUGCUCCGACAGCAUGUCCGCGGCCUUCCACCCCUUCAAGGACGUGAAGACCUGGGUCGACUGCCUGGACGACGCGCUGCAGACCAAGCGUCCCAUCAAGUACAAGUACGUCGACGCCAUCAGCGUCCAGAAGGCGAACUCCAUGGGGAACAACUCCACCGACGCCGUCGACGACAACAUGGAUCUAGAUGGCAUCGACGCCGACGCCGGGGAAGGCUGGUGCUGCAGCUUCGCCACGGACCCCGACGACCAGUGCGGCACGUGCCAGGGGAAAUUCGACGACGACAAUUGGUGCGCCACGUCCCAGACGGAGUGCGAGGCCUGCCAGAAGAGCUGGUGCCACGAUUCUGAUACCGAGACGACGACCAAGAAGAAGAGAAAGGCCAAGACCUCCACGCCUACGCCGAAGACGACGACGGCCGCGCCCGAGGCGACGACUACGACUGCAACGCCUUCAGCGUCGUCGCCCCCACCGAAGCCCCCGCCAGUGAACGUCGACGGCGAUGAUGCCAGUGAUUUGGCCAAGGAGGUGGUCAACAAGUACGAGAAGUUCCGGUCUCUGGGGCCGCAACAUGCCGAGCAGCACGACGUGAAGUCCCUCGACAGCGCCGACGGCGUGAGAGGCUAG